GAUUGACGAGAUGGAGACCCAAAUGGAGACCCAAAUCCCAGACUUCUCUGGGAAAUGGAAAAUGAAGUCAUCGGAAAAUUUUGAGGAACUUUUAAAAGCUUUGGGUGUGAAUAUGUUUGUGAGGAAAAUCGCUGUGGCGGCGGCAUCCAGUCCUGCAGUGGAAAUCACACAGCAGGGAGCCAGUCUGUCCAUCAAAACGUCCACCAGCAUCCGCACCACCCACGUUUCAUUCACUGUGGGUCAGUCUUUCAACGAGACCACAGUAGAUGGAUGUCCCUGCACGAGUUUUCCGACAUGGGAGUCAGAGCGUAAGAUCAGCUGUGUGCAGACGUUACAAAAAGGCGAGGGACCAAAAACUACAUGGACCCGUGAGCUAACAAAUGAUGGCGAACUGAUACUGACGAUGACAGCAGGGGACGUCGUCUGCACCAGGGUUUAUGAAAGAGAAUGAGGACAAGGCUGUCAUACAUCAUGCAUGCUUCAUAUUUACUUACUUUAGGCUCGACCAAAGCACCAAUAAUAGGUCUGGAAAAAUGCUUAAACUAACAUAUGAGUUGGUGACAUACAUUGAAUUCAUCAAUAAGGAGUUUGCUUUCAUAUUGUAAGCUGUUUUUGUACCCAGUAUUAGUAUUGUUUAUACACAUUUUGAGUAUUAAGUUGCAGUGUGAUGAAUCGAGUGCUGUUAGCAAAGUGUUUGUUUGUGGGAGGAAACCGGAGUUUUUAUUUUUAUUUUUAUUUUUAUUUUUAUUUUUAUUUUUAUUUUUAUUUUUAUUUUUAUUUUUAUUUUUAUUUUUAUUUUUAUUUUUAUUUUUAUUUUUAUUUUUAUUUUUAUUUUUAUUUUUAUUUUUAUUUUUAUUUUUAUUUUUAAAAAAGAUUGGUAGAUUUUGAAAACAGACAUUUUAUUUCCAUUUAUGAAAUUUUUCCGGACUCCUUCCUUGGGAGGUGUUCUGGGCAUGCCCA